CCCUCUUACGUGAACUCUCCUUUAACUGCUUUGAGGUAUCAUCUAUUGCAGUCUCACUUGCACACUUGGAUUGUGUCUCAUCUCUCCAAAGAACACUCAAAAUUGAUACAAAGAUGGAAGUGAAGGAAGGGUCUACAACUAAAAAGCCAGAGUGCACCCAAAACUUUGUCAUCCCUCAAAGGAAAUCUGUCAGCAAAGCAUCCAGAGCUGUUGUGGUCGGAGAUUUUGAACCUGAGAUCGGGAGCAACAUCCGAAGAAAAUUGAGUUUUGGACGAAAGAUUGAAUCACCAAGCCAGAAAUCCAUCAAGAAAACUAAGUCAUUAAGUGCUCAGUUCCUAGAUAUAGAAGAACUUGUUAGUAGUGCAGCUGGGAGCUUUAGUGACACAGGUUCUGUGCUUAAUCGUGCCUCUAGUAUUCCCUUGGGCUUCUCCUUCUCGCUUGCUGGUGCCACCGUCACAUCGGACAAUAUCCCGGAUGUUCUGAGACUGAAGGAUGACCCAGAUUGCCAAGACACUUCAAUGGAUGAAAUGCCAGUACCUCAGGAAGAGGAUCGAGAUUUGUUCAAUAGGAAGAAAUUGCUGAUUGAGCCUAUAUUUCCCAUUUGUCUCAAGUUCCAAGAUGUCAGAUUCAAGGUACCAGUAAAUGGAGGGAAGAAAGCAGAUUGUGAGAAGUACAUCCUCCACGGAAUUACGGGUUCAGUACAGGCAGGAGAGGUUUUGGCUCUUAUGGGACCAUCAGGAGGUGGUAAAACAACUUUACUUAAUGUCCUAAGCGGAAGGGUGAGAAAUCACAAUGCCAGUGGCAGCAUUACUUACAACAACCAACCAUUUUCCAAGUCACUAAAGCAGAGGAUAUGUUUUGUGCUACAAGAUGACAUAGUAUUUCCACACCUCACUGUGAAAGAGACAUUGACAUAUUCUGCACUUCUUCGCCUUCCCAGUACAUUAACCAAGGAACAGAAAGAAGGAAGGGUAAUGAAUGUUAUCGGCGAGCUUGGUCUCGAAAGUUACAGAUGCCAAAAUACAAUAAUUGGUGGGGCAUUUGUGAGGGGAAUUUCUGGUGGUGAAAGAAAAAGGGUGUGCAUUGGCAAUGAAAUCCUUCUCAACCCAUCACUUCUCUUCCUUGAUGAACCAACCUCUGGUCUUGAUUCGACAACUGCACUUCGAAUAGUUCAGAUGCUACACAACCUUGCAGAGGCUGGAAGAACAGUGGUGACUACUAUACACCAGCCUUCAAGCAGACUCUUCAACAAAUUCGACAAGUUGAUUCUCUUGGGUAAAGGCAGCACUCUGUACUUUGGCAAAGCCUCAGAAGCUAUGCUAUACUUCUCUUCAAUCGGUUGCUCUCCUCUGAUAGCCAUGAAUCCAGCAGAUUUUCUGAUUGAUCUUGCUAAUGGGAACAUAAACGAUAAAUCAGUUCCGCCUGAAUUGGUAGAUAAAGUGUUACUUGGAAGCCAGAAACAUGAAAUUCAAGAUGGAAAGCCAUCCCCCCUUGAUGUCCAUGAGUAUCUUGUGGGGGCUUAUGAGACCCGGGUAGCACACUUGGAUAAAAAGAACCUUCUAAGACCUGUGCCAGUUGAGGGUGAGAGAGAUAUUACAGGUUGGUCUAAUUCAAGGGAAGGGGGAGCAACUUGGUGGGAGCAGUAUUGCCUUCUUUUCAGUAGAGGUCUGAAAGAGAGACGCCAUGAAUAUUUAAGCCCUUUACGAAUGACCCAAGUUAUAUCCAUGGCAUUAAUAACGGGAUUACUCUGGUGGCAUUCUGAUGCUUCAUCUCCAAAAAGGCUACAAGAUCAGGCAGGGCUUCUUUUUUUCGUUUCAGUAUUCUGGGGCUUCUUCCCAGUAUUCACUGCCAUCUUCACAUUCCCACAAGAGAGAGCAAUGCUAGCCAAAGAAAGAGCAGUGGACAUGUACAAGCUCAGUGCAUACUUCGUGGCUAGAUGCACUAGUGAUCUUCCUUUGGAUCUCAUCUUGCCUGUAUUGUUCCUUGUGAUAGUCUACUUCAUGGUUGGAUUAAGGCCUAGUGUUUCUGCGUUUUCUCUAAGCAUGUUAACGAUUUUCCUCAGCAUAGUGGCUGCUCAGGGUCUGGGACUGGCAAUAGGUGCAGCAUCCAUGGAUGUGAAGAAGGCAACAACACUGGCUUCUGUUGUUGUUAUGACCUUCAUGUUAUCUGGUGGGUUCUUUGUGCAGAAAGUUCCAGCUUUCAUGUCAUGGAUACGCUACAUCUCUUUCAACUAUCACACCUACAGACUACUUAUUAAGAUCCAGUACAGUUGCUCAGAUCAAGAUCCUAAGUCUGGUUCAUGCCAUUCUUCUUUCAUUAAAGUGCUCAAAAUUGAUGAAGGUGAAAGGGAAGUGGUUGCAUUGAUAGCAAUGGUAUUUGGGUACAGGUUAUUGGCCUAUUUCUUGCUGAGGGGAAUGAAACUGAGGGCCACUUCACUUUGUUUCAAAAGAGAGUGAAGAUACUAGCAUUGACAUUCCUAACAAACUUGUCAUAUCUUUUUGGAAUUGGGACAUUAUCAUGACUUGUUAUGUUAAUUAUAAUACUAGUCUAUAUAUCUCUGUGUUAAUAAAUCAAAUCUCAUCAGCACAUGCCAAUGGUAUACUCAAUGAGGUUCUUUAGAGUUUUCCCAAGCAUAAUUGAAAAGCUAGAUUUCUUUGGGCUGCAUUUGUUUCAUUGAAAAAAGAUUUUGCUAGAUGGUCA